UAGCUAGUUAGUACACUGACUAAUUAACUAUUAACCAGCUAGCUGGAAAAACGUCCAUAUUUCACGGUAACCUCUUGCUGCCGUUUGAAGUGACGUCAAUCAAACUCCUUUCAGCAGCGAGAGGCUGAACAUGGAGCAGUUUAGUUCAACUGUAAAAUUUCUCGUUGAGAAAUUGCUGCAGAAACAGCAAAGAGACUACGAUCAGAUAAUAGAGACACUCAUCUGUGAAGUCCCUGGUCCAGAUAAUUGCCCCGAGACACCAGAUCCACAGCUUGAGGAAUGUGCCAUCCAGUUGUGGAACUGGGCAAUUGCUAAGAGUGUGGAUGAAACUAUAAGUAAACUACAGAAAGCCAAAGUGCGUCAUGUAGCAUGCAGUCUGCUGUACUGUUGUGAACCUGAGAAUCCAACAGAGGGCAUCAUCCGCAAACAGAUCCUGGCAAGUACUACUAUGGCCAGUAAAACAGGAAGAACCUGGCUGGACUGCAAAAAUCCUCAGAUGGCAGACAGCUUUCUAAAACGUGCUGUCACGAGCCUGGAAACUCUCUAUAGCCAACUUACCUCCAGAGCUGAUGGAGCAGGUGACGCCACUUUAUCCAAGGGGGAUGUGGAGAAGGAUCUUCUUCGAAUUCUCUCAUGUCAGGCAGAAUCGGCCAUAAGUCAGGGGAAGAACCAUGAGGCUGUGGUCUGUAUGCAGCGCUGUAAAGACAUGCUCCUGCGACUUCCAAAAGAUACUGCAUACAUCUCCAUUACGUGCUACAACUUCGGAAUAGAUGCUUACAAUCUGGGAAAGUUGGAGGACAGUGCUUUUUGGUUGAGCCAAAGCUAUGAAAUUGGGAAAAUGAAUUUGAAGUACGCACCUGAACCAGAAAUGAAGGCCAAGGUGUUACGCUUCCUUGCCACUGUGUAUUUAGAGUCGGACUGUCAAAGGUCUCAUGAGAAGGCUCUAAGCGCUGUCAACCUAGCCAACAAGGAAUGUGCCAGUGUCGCUGGGCUGUACUUAAAGAUUAGAGUACUCUUGAGAUCUGGGGCCUCCGACGAUCAUAUCAGAGCAGGACUUAAUGAGAUGUUGGAGUCUGCAGUUCCUCUUGAAGUGUGUCUGAACACAGUGCGACUACUCAUGUCUGAGGACAGAGAAAGUCUGGCAUUUGAGCAUUUGAGAUGUGUAUGCUGUCACUUUGACUCAUCCCCUGACCUGGGAACUGCUCUCGUCCUUCAUAUUGAGCUACUACUCCAGAGAGGCAAGGAUCUGUUGUGCAAACAGAAGAUAGAGGAUAUUAUUACAGGCCACUACACAGGAAAACAACUGACUUCGCAGGCCCUCACAAGUCUCCAUGUGAUGCUGUGGGAUAAAGCAUCUAAACACUUUGAGAAUAAGAACUAUGCUGAAGCCCUGCAGUGGUACAACUUCUCCCUAAGCUUCUUUAAGGGAGGCCAAAUAGAUCCUAACCUAGCCAAACUACAGAGGAACAGAGCUUCCUGUUUCCUGCAACUCAAGCAACUGGAAAAGGCCAAAGAUGCAAUUAUGGAAGUAGAGAGAUGUGAUCCUGACAGCAUCUUCACUCACUUCAGCGUUUACAAAAUUGCAGUCCAGGAGAACAAUGUGAAGAAAGCUGCAGAGGCAGUUAAUGCAAUGGGACGUCUGGCCAAGAUUCCUGUUUCCAGUAAGGACACGAUCCUUGUGUCUGAGGACGCCUCCUCUAAUCUUCUCAGUCUGGCUGCUCAGAUUGCUUUAGAGAAUGAGCAGGAGGACAUUGCUAUGAAAGCCCUGGAGAGUUUGUGUGAAAACUCCAAAGAUGAUGCUCAGGUUCUGACUGCUCUCAGGUGUUUGGUUCGACUUGUGCUCACCACAAUAGAGAAAUCAGGGGAUGAAACAAGGAAUGCGAACUUGGAUACCCUGCUGUUAUAUCUGAAAACAGCUCUGCAGAAAAUUUCACAUCGGUCCAACAUGACUGUUAAACAGUGCACAGAAGAAGCUAACUGGUUCAGGAAGAUUGCUUGGAACUCAGCUUUGCAGUGCGAGAGCAGCCCUGACAGAAUGAGGAAUUUCUUUGUGCUCUCUUACCAGCUCUCCCAGCUGUGCCCUCCUGAUCGCACGCUGCUCAUGGGCCAGAAGACUUGUCUGCUAAUGGCUGCCGCUGCAACUUUGGAGCUCUGCAGGAAGUCUCCUCACUCUGAUCAGACUGAGGAGCUGACUCAGGCUUUGGAGCACAUUCAGAUCUGUUGGGAAGUCUGGAGAAGCCUGAAAACAUCUGGAAACUUCUCAAUGGACCCAACAAACACACUGCUGCUGCUGUACGAAUUUGAGGCUCGUGCUAAGCUGAACGACCCCAAGCUGGAGACCGUACUGGAGUCUGUCCUGGAGCUUGAACAUGUUGACACCAAAGUGCUAGAGACCAUUGCAGCCUUAGCCAUGGAGCCUCCAUCCCACUUCCCACUGCUGUGUAAGAAGGCCUUGAGGGCUGCUCUCUCCCUGCACAAGAAACAACCACAGACUGACCUGGCUCGCUGCAGCAAGUGCGUUCACAGCCUCAUCAAGCUGUCCCUCCCAAGUGGUGUGACAGAAGUGGAGGCCCAUGUGCUCGAGGAGGUGUGGGACUACUACGAGGAGGCCCUGUCCAUCAUUGCAGCCGCACCAGAUGACUUCCCAGAGAUGGAGACCUUGUGGCUGCUGACUCGGGCUUGGAACACAGGGAUAUUACUGUACAGCCUGACUCAGUAUCCGGAGGCUGAAAAGUGGUGUGGCCUCGCCAUGAGCUUCAUCCGUCACCUGGGAUCCCUGAAGGAGAGCUAUGAGGUGCAGCUGUCUGAGCUCUACAGUGAAAUCCUGGACAGAUUGGACAAAGCGAAGAACAGCCACAUCAUGGAGGAAUAAAAAUGGAAGCAGGCCGAUUUAAAGUAAAAAGCUUAUGAAUUUAAGUUGAUUUAGCUUGUUGGAAAGCAUGUUCUAGUUAAAAAAAUAUUGUAAUGUUUGACAAGCUGUUGCUGAAUAACAGGGGCCUCAGUGGUUGAGAUAUGGCACAUUUGUUCGAGUUCAUUUCACCUCAGCCUACGUUGCUAAUAAAGGCUAAAACACUCUUAUUGGAAAUGUUUUAGUAAUUCUAAUAAUUAAACUGCUUUCAAAGCCAGUCAGUUAAAGUGGAAUAACAACCACAUCAAAAAAAUCUUAACUGAGUCACAUAUUUUAUUUUCAAACAAAUAAACUCUUGUCAAGUCCCAAAAUAAAACCCAAACAAAAGUUGCAGGACUGUUCCCUCAUGACUAGGACAGGAAGACCAUGAGGCCAAGCGUCCUUGCUGUACCACCUGCAGUGACAGGAAGGAAACUACUGUACAAUCAAAGGGUUCAUGUUUGCAAGCACUUACUGCACAGAUGUGCUAUAACAUAAACAUCAUCACCCAAAAGUACAAACAAGAACCCUGACCCCCUCCCAACCCAAAAAAUAAAAGCAUAUAUGUCAUUUCUCUCAUCAGAACAAAGACCCUCAUCAGUUAUACACACACAGAGGCAUUCAGGUUCCAUCUUGUUAUAUAGCACGGCCUGAAAGGAAAGAGUAAAAUGAAAUCAAGUUCUUUGGGCUUUGAUAUGGCUGACUGAGGUAUGAAUACCACACACGUUAACAGUCAGCUGUAUUUCAACUAAACACCCGAGAGGAAGGAGAAGUCUAAACUUCUAUUGAUGUAUUGAUCAAUGCUCCUGGAUUCUGUGAUACUGUUUAGGUUUCGAUCUGCAUCUCUUUUAAAUUAUUUUACAAUAUAGUUUUUAAACUCUAUACACCCAGACACGUUCCACAAGAAAUCACACGUAGACAGGCCCUACUUGAGGGAACUGAUUUCCCGACUGACUAGUUAAGUGUUCCAAUAGGCAUUUGUAGAGAAAUACCGACAAUACAGCACAUUUGUAUGGAAAUUAUAUCUCAAGAGUAGCUCAAACUUUACUUACCUGACAUUUGUGGUCUAUAAAACAUGUCUGUCCCAGUUUGAAUCACACAUGCAUGAAGCACAGGUGAGGGGGAUCUGCUGAGGGCUUAUUUACAUUGUACAGCUACCACACCCUUUGAAACAGUCUGCAAGCAGUUUAUAAAUGGCUCUGUUCCCUUCGGUUAUUCCCUGAACUCUGGUUUUGACACAGGUAAUGACAGCUGGUUUAGCAGUGGUGCCUGGCAGGUGUGCACACCUGUUCAGAAAAUGCCUGCAGGUACAGGUGCUCUGUGGGUGGGAGAGAGUCGGGGACCCAGAGGUCUAGUUUACCACUUCCUGUUGGGUCUGGCUCUCUAAGGAGGAAAAAAAAAUCCUUUGCACUCGUCAAAACAAAAAAAAAGCUGAGGAGGAGAACAAGAGUGUUCACAGCAUCGGGGGCCAUCAUACUCCUCCUUCCAAUGCUUUUAAAAAGAGCGCCCAGGGGUCAAGAGAAAGACCGUUGGCCUUGAACAACUUCCGGCCUCCAGAUAGAGAGAAGACGCAUAAUCCAACCUGACUACACUGUUCCGUUUAAAACACCUUUAACCAAACAACAGUACUGCAUCUACUUGUUCAUGCUAUAAACUGUGUGUCAUUGCUCAAACCCGUUUCUUCAGUCGCACGGGAAAUGGUAUCUACGUUACGAUUCCUGAUCCUGGUCUAACUCAACCCAGACACACUAAACAGCUCAACACAGUGGUCCAGCACCUGCCAACAACAGAUUUAUCAAGAAUUUAUGUUUAGAGAUACACAAAGCAUACAGGUUUAAUCAAACCCAACUUUAGUGUUUUUGGUAGGGGCACAGGGGGACAAUUCAAAACAGGUUAUACUGACUCUUUAAUUGUUAGGACAUCCAAUACAAUUAUUGUCUUGUUCUACCCGUUUUAAGGCCACCACCAUGGCGGCAGAUAGGACAGUACCAUGUGACCAUUUAAUCAGAAGAGAAUCCUCUUGGAAGGCAGAGAGUGUAAUAGGGUGGUCUGCUGCUCAACGUGAGUUAGGAGGCUCUGGCUGUCCAAAUCGUAAUUAAAUGGCCAAAUUUCACACACACACACACA